AAACCUUCCUCUGAUACACUGGCAGAGAGUGGCAAGCUUCCGGAAUUUCCUUUUUGCCUACCUACUGCCACCUACUGCCUAAUAGGCUUCAACUUCAAGUUCAAUGAGGAGGCUUUUAUGCGAAUCAAGGGGACGGACGUCAAAGACCUGUGCUUUGUUUUUGUGAGGGUGUCAGGAAUCUCGAAGUUGCAUUGGAUCUACAGCACGCCGUGCAGUAAGUUGGUGGCAUCUAUGGAGGACAGCACAGCUGGCGCAGGGGAGGAUGUAGAAGCUGUUCCAGGGCCUUCAAGGGCAGAGAAGGGCAAGCAGAAGGAGACUGAGGCGAACGGCGCCAGUAUCGCAGCGCUCCUCGGUCAGGGGGACGGUGAGGAAUCAGAUGAGGACCCAAGCCAACCGCCGUCCAAUCCCAAGGGGGCCAAGCGGGGCCGCAAAGCUGCCCGGAAGAUGCAGGAUCUCGACCUAGUUAGCGAGCAGGCGAUGCGCGAUGCCAAAGCGACUCUGCCUCCGUCGCAUCCUGAGGAGCAGGCGGCACUGCUGGAGUCGUAUACACAGCACUUUGACGACUGGCACUUCCGACUGAGCGGUGGUUUCAGCCUUCUUUUCUACGGGUUCGGCUCGAAGCGGGCGUUGCUUGAAAGGUUCGCCUCUGCUUCUUGUACCGACGGGCCUGCGGUCGUGGUCAACGGCUUCCUUCCGGCUGUAAAUUUGAAACAGGUCCUCGCCCUCGUAACCCGCACUCUUUGGGAGCACGAGUGCAAACGCCCCGCCCCCUCCUCGGAGCGCCCCCCCGACCCCUCUUCCACCGCCAAAGAAGACGACCUGCUCGCUUUCCUCGACCAUCGACGGCUCAGAUCGCAUCUCUACCUGAUCGUCCACAACAUCGACGGCCCAGAUCUGCGGAAGCCGGAGGCGCAGGCGCUGCUCGGCGAGAUGGCGCGCUGUCGAGGGGUGCGGCUAAUCGCGUCGGUGGAUAACGUUAACGCCACUCUGCUCUGGGACCACCGCGCGGAGCGCACACUCUUCCGCUGGUGGUGGCAGCACGCCCCGACCUUCGCCCCGUACACAGCGGAAACCGCCCACAUUCCCCCACUUCUAGUUCCCCGGGGGGCCGAGAAAGGCGCUCGGGGCGCGGCCGUAGUGCUGAAAAGUCUGACGCCCAACGCCCGGGGCGUGUUCAAAGUGCUGGCCGGGCAGCAGCUGGCGCCCGACCACGACCAAGGUCUCCCUUUCCAUCGUCUAUACACACUCUGCCGAGAGAAGUUCAUCGUGAGCAGCGAGACAACGUUGCGCACGCACCUUGUCGAGUUCCGAGACCACCAGCUGGUCAAAACGCGAAGAGGGCACGACGGUCAGGACUGCCUGUACAUACCGCUUAAAGAAGAGGUGCUUACGAUCCUGCUGGACGAGUUGGAACAGCUAAAGUAAAACACAAAGCACAUUGAAAGGCGGACUAGCACAUGAUUAUUAUUCCGCUUCUCGGCAGUUGGCUCUAUCGCUUUCGUCAGUGUUGCGUUUUGCUGCGGGUGAUCAUAAUCAGAGUUUCUAAUACAGUACGUGGAGCCAUGGUUGACCCUAAGUGAUGAAUGUAUCUAUUUAAGUUUCUUACUUACAGCUUGCCUAGCUCGAUCGAAUGUGAUAGCUGCAAACUUGUAUAGCUGAAAGGAGCAGACUCGAAGUUCCCUACCGCAUAUACACUCAU